AUGAGUUCUAAUAUAUUUACUGGUGUUAAGUUGGGUCAAACAUAUGAAAAUAUGGGUUUUCCUUUUAUAUGGACUAAGUCACAUAAAGAUGGUACAGAUUUGGAGCCGUUACGUCAAAUCGGUGAUCCAGAUUGUGAUGUUGUAAUGGCUUUAUUACACAAAUAUUUAAAAAUUGAGGAACAAGAUGCAUUGGGUCUAUGCAGAAAAUUGGCUAAGCAACACAUCGCUGAUAGCAGACCAGAUUCACAAAUUUUAUAUCCGUCUGAUGAAUGUUGCUUAUGUUACGAAUUUAUACAAAAAUAUUCAACAAUUCCAACAUGGGUUAAUUGGGCUUCUAUUUUAGAUGGUCAGCAAUUCUUUACGCGAUGCAUUGUGCCAGCUUUAAUUAGUUUACUGUACUUUACGCUUAUUUCUGGCUUUGGAGCACCAAAACUAUCUAAAGUAUUAGCAUGUACGGGUUAUUUAUCUAAUGGCUGUGCAGCCAGUUAUCGUCGAUUAUUAGAAACAAAUUCUAUGAUUAUAACAUGUCUUACUGGAACUGUUUCUAUACUUGAACCAAAUCAUAUUGGUUGGGAAUCAUGUUUACGAGUGAGAUUAUUACAUGCGCGAAUUAGAUACAUGUUAUUGAAUGAGCAGCAUAGUGGAAUAAAAUGGGACACUGCUGAAUUUGGAAUACCGAUUAAUCAAGAAGAUUUACUGGUAACAUUAAUGGGAUUUUCAUUUUCAGUUUUGUUUAGCUUUAAAGAGCGUAUGCACAUUCGAUUUUCUGCAGAAGAAGAACAAGGUUAUCUUCACGUUUGGCGGUAUAUGGGUUGGCUACUAGGAAUAGAUGAUCACUUCAAUUCUAGUGAAACAUACGACAAAGCCAGAACAUUGACUGAAUCAAUCCUACAUCAUAUUGGAUGUCCAGAUGAAACAAGCUGCUUGUUAGCUCAUCAAGUUAUCAAGGCCAUAGCAGUUUAUUUGCCAAUACCGGCAAGAUUUGAAUUUCAUUCACAAAUGGUAAGAAAACUAGCCGGUGAUGUAUGGGCAGACGCAUUAAAAUUACCGCCAGGAAAAAGAUUGUUUUCAUUUAUAAUAGAGAUAAAAUUCUCUGUAUUUCGACUGGUUAGUUGGCUCGGUAGAAACUGGCAACACGAUUUACCAAAACACGCUCCAUUGAUUGAACAACAAUCCAGUCUGUCACUGUUGUUGUUACAUCCAGUUUUUUCAAUCAAAUAUUUGUUACAAACAAAUGUUCGUCCAUUUAUGUUGAAGUUAAAUGCAGGCCGAGUUCGUUUACUAAUAAGAAAUGAAUACAAAAAGAUUCGUAAACAUAUUAUACUCGACGAGACAGCAGAAGAACUUUUUAAUUAUGACUUUACCAUGCAUAAAAGAUAUUCACCUAAUUUGUACACUACUCGUGUUGAACAACAGCAACAAACACACUUGUCAUCAUUAACAAAAUUUACCACUACUAGUAAAACUGACCAACGCUCUCUGAUUGUAUUAUGCAUUGGGAUUACUCUUAUUAUAUUACUACUGACAAUACAAUAA